AUGUAAAGCUCUGCUAUUAGCUCAUUUAAAAUAUUGCUUCAAUUUUUAAAAAAUAAUUUUUACUAUUUUGUUUAUGAUUAAAAGUAAAAUAAGCAAUUUUUUGAUAAAUAGCAUGUUUAUUAAUUAAUUUACUUUUUAUCAUUCAAAAACAAAAAGAUUUUUAAAUUGCUCUUACCUAUUACAAUUAAAGACAUUCAAACUUGUUCAAAGUAAUUAUAAUAUUUAAUAUUUAAUACAAAUUGUUAACUUGUUUAGGAUUUUUAUAAAUAGACUUUAUUUUUUAUAAAUAAUUAAAAUUAUACUCUAUAAUUAUCUAAGCGAACUAUGAAUCUAAGCUGCGGAGAUAGUUUUUAUAAUAGCAAGAUUGCUGAUAAUUAAUCUUCUAGAAGAGCAAUUGAAGAUGCUUCGUUUUAAGAGAGCUCCGGUAGAAACAAAGAAAUUAACUUAAUAAAGAAAGAUGAUCAAUUUAAUAUUUCGAUGAAUUAAUUUAACAAUAUUAGUGAUCAUAAUUUAAAAAAUAUAUUUAAACGAUCAGCAGAUAAUGAACUAAUAAGUAUUUAAAGAUCUUAAAUGUAAUCUGAAAAAUUACCAAAUUUAUAGAAGAUUAUAUUUAAUUUAAAGUUAAAAAUGAUAGCGUAGCGCUUAGUUAAUCAAACUAAGUCAAGAAUGUUUUUGAAUCUCACCAAUUACCAAUUUAAGUUAAUUAAUGAUUUAUCUUGGUUUAAAUUUCCUUAAAAUAAUAAGAAAUAAAAUUCUUCAAAACCCAAAUCAUAGCAAGAAAAACACAAGUUUUAAAACAUGAAAUAAAGAUAUUCUAUUGUUGAUUUAGAAGAGGAUAAAAGACCAAAUAAAAUGUUUAACUUUUUUAAAGAAGUUUUAAAGUAUAUAGAGUGUUUUAGCAGUAUACUUAACUCCAUAGAUUAAAAUCUACCAGUAAUGCACCCAAAUUAAUUAUUUAAGUUAAUUUGGGAUUUUAUAAGCAUGAUUAUUAUAUUAAUUUUACUUAUAUAAAUCCCGUUAUAUAUUUCAUUUUAAUAAAAACUUGGAGACAUACUUAACAAUACGAUGAUUAAUUUAGCACCUAUCUUUAUUGUGGUUGAUACAUUCAUAAGUUUGAACUCUGGAUUUUAUGAAAAAGGGUUACUAAUUAGCAAAAGAUCAACCAUAUUAAUUUAAUACUGGAAGAAUCAUUCAUUAAAUGAAUUAAUUAUUUUAGUCUCUUACAUUAUUCAUAUUUUUUUAAGGAGUGAUCCCUAAUUCAGCUGGUCGAGAUAUUUAUUAUGUUCGUUUGCUUUUAAAAUUAAAAAUUUAGUUAUUUUAUACAAUAAAUCUGAAGAAAUUUUUGCUUCUAGAAAAUAUAAAUAAUUACUAGGCUUAAUUAGACUUAUUUUAAUCAUAAUAAUAACAAGUCACUUUAUUUCUUGUUUUUGGAUUUUAUUAUCUUAAAUCGAAGAAGGUUAAGGACUGUCACAAACAUGGCUAACUGUAAGACCAAUAUACUCAUCUGAAUGGAUAAUUUAAUACAUGGAAGCUUACUAUUUUGCUAUUGUUACAAUGGCAACAGUAGGUUUUGGAGAUGUUUUACCUAUUACUCCUAUUGAAAAAUUAUUUUGUGUAAUUUUAAUGAUUAUUUCUUGUGGUUUGUUUGCUUAUGCAAUGAAUACAAUAGGAAAUAUUUUAGAUAAUUUUAAUUUUGAAGAAAAUGAACUCUCAAAGAAAAUGCAUGUCAUUAAUUUAUAUAUGAGUAAAAAAAAUAUAAAUAAAUAAAUGUAAUAUGCUAUUAGAGAGUAUUUAGAUUAUUAUUGGAGAGAAGCAAGUGAGAGAGAUCAAGAAUCAGAACAAAAAAUUAUAUCUUAACUUUCGGAUACUCUUAGAGAAAACCUCGUAAUUGAAGCAAACAAAAUAGUACUUAAGAAUUCACCAGUAUUUAGAAAAUAUUUUAGUAGCGGGUUAAAGCAGAGCAUAGUCUCCCUAAUAAAAGAAUAUAGGUGCACUCCUGAAGAGUUAAUUUGUAGUGAAGGAGAUAUUGAUGAUUGCUCGAUAUUCUUCAUCGAAAAAGGCUCUGUUGAAAUAUUUAUAGAAACUUAGUCUACAAAUUAAUAAAAACCAGAUUACAAAUCACUUGUAACACUAAAGUAAGGUUAGAGUUUUGGAGAGUUGAGUUUUUUUACUGGGAUGGCUCGAAGCGUUUCAGUUAGAUCAAAAGAAUUUACAACUUUGUUAAUGAUAAAAAGGGAAAAUUUUUUAGAAUUACUUCAAAAUUUUAGUACUGAUUUAGAAUAAUUUUGCACUAUUAAAGACUAACUCUUGCUUAAUAAUGAUUACUCUUGUAUUAAUCUAAAAUGCUAUUCCUGUUAAAGUCAGUAACAUCUUUUGUACUAGUGUCCUUUUUUACACUUAAAGGUUAACAAAGAUAAAAUUCUUUUCAAGCAUAACAAAACGGAAGUAUAGCAAAGAAGAAAUAUCAGUAGAAGGUUAAAAAAAUAAAAUUUCUUCAAAUAAAAUGAACUUUUUAAUUUAGAAGAAAUUGCUGAAAUAGUAUUUUAGCAAAAUAUUGAUCAUUAAAAUAUUUAAGAGUAUUUAGAAUAAUACAUGAUAAAUUAUCGUCAUUAAUCUGAUUCUUUAUCACCAGUAUUGAAUAUUUAACCUCAAAAUUAAUUUCAUCACCACUCCGAAAAUUGUGACAUAAAUUCUUCUCAGGGCUAAGACGAUUAGUUAUAAUAAAUACAAUCUAAUUUAUACGAUUAGUUUAUCAGUAAAAAAUCACAUUCUCUCAAAGUGUUUGAAGAUUUUUAAAAUCAAUAAUCAUAAUAAAAUAAAUCUUUUAUUUUAAAAGACACAUAAUAUUAAGACGAAAUAAAUUAAUAUGAUAAAUCACCCUUAAUUUUUGUGAAAUAAAAAAAGAAUACAUUUUCUAAAAUUGAAAGUCAAACAAGCCCUUUAAGCCCCAAAAAAAAGAGUUAAAUUAAAUUAGUGUAAACAUAAGAUGAUCAAAAUUCUUAAGAUCAAAAUUAUGAUGUUAGUCCACAUUAUCCAAACUACUCAUCACUUCAAUCUGUUGAAAGAAUCAGCCCACUUUUAAAGUAAAAAAAAAUAAGUAAUAUGUUAAAUUCUUUUAAUUAAGAAAGCAAAAACAUGAGGUAGCAAAGCAUAACACAGUAAAAUUUAAAUAAUUGUGAGAAAUUUAAAUCAUUUGGAUAUGAUUAUAAUUUGAAUUCAAUAAAUUAGGAUAAUCAAUAAAGAAAUACUUAAAUUAAAUCUCCUAAGUAUUUAAUUUGUUAAAUUUCUGAUUUAUUAGGUAUGCUAAGCUAAGCAUGUGAAAAUUAUUAAGAAGAAACCAAUGAUUAAAUCCAAAAAAAUUAAGUUAAAAGCUUGAAGGCAGCAUUUAUAUUAUCGUCAAACAGAUAAUCUUAGUAUUUAGAUUUAAAAAAUAAAGUUGAAAAAACGGAUAGCUUAAGUGAAAUUUUAAAUUAAGAUUUUUUUGGGAAAUCUUUAAAUAAUUUUGAUAUUCUUAAGAACUUUGAAAUAUAUUUUCCAUUUAACAAUUUUAGCUAUUAAUUAAAAUUAAUGACUUUAGAUAAAGAAGCUAAAAAAAAAAUCAUAAUUAAAAAUAAAAUUGAUAAUUCUUGCUAUUUUAAAACCGUUAACAAUAGUUCAAGAGAUAUUGGCUAAGAUUUUAAGGCUAGGGGAAGUAUUUUUAAAAAUAAGUAAAGCAGUAUUGGUUCUGUAGUUUAAAAAUUUUAAAAAGAACUGGAGGAUGAGCAAUAUUAGAAUAGUAUUUUUAUUAAGAAAAGUAAAUUUUUUUUGAAUGAUUAAAAUGAUGAUUCAAUCUUAAGUAGCUUAAAAUAACAAGAUGGUUAUGAUGAAAGCGUAAAUAACUAAAAAUUAAAUAAGCAAAAUAAAAAAAAGAACUAAACAAGUUUAGUGAAUGCUAUAUCAAAAACUUAUUAGGAUGAAGACGAUGUUAGCAAAGAACAUUCAAUUAUAAAUAAAUCAUUCUCAAGUAACUCUUUACAUAAGAUAUAGUAAAUGUAACCGAUAUCUACUAACAAUACAAAAAAAAAUGAUAGUAAUAUAGAAGCUGGUCUAUAUUAAUUUAACCAAGAUACUAGAAUGUAAUAAAUAAGAACUUUAAAUUCAAAUUUCUCAUUCGAUUUACAAUUAAAUUAAAAACCAAAUGUUUAUAACUUAAACGAAAGUUUUAACAUACAAGAAAACUCUCCUGCAAAUCCUAUUAACAACAUCAAUAAUAAUAUAAUUUUAAAUUAAAUUAAGUUGAAAAAUGAUAAUGAACUUGAACUAUAUAUUGAUAGUAAUAAUUGA